GGGGGCGGAGGACCAGACUUCUGCAAAGCAGCUUGCACUGACGGAAAAUCACCAUCCCCAGCAGCACGGCGGGGGGGAGGGGGUGCCUGGGGGCCCCACACCGCCAUUCCGCACCCAGUCCCUGCCCUGCAUUUGGGGCUACACUCCCCCAUCACCCCACCCUUGAUCCCAGGGCAGCAGCUGGCAGAAUAUGGAGCCCAGGGACCCUGAGGCGGCCGUCGGGCCCUGGGGGUGACAGUCACGAUGCCCCCCGGCUCCAGCAGGAGGCACCACCGCCGCGACCCCCCGGCCCAAAGAUGAUGGAGAAGCUGAAAGACGCUCCCUCGGGCGGGCGCCCCAGCCCCCCCGCGCCUGCCCGGCCCAGCCCCCCCGUCAGCUCUCCCGCCCCCUCGCCGCCCUCCCCCCGGGCCAGCCCCGGGGCGUCCCCCCCGCCGCCCCCCGAUGUGCCCGUCAUCAGCCUGGCGCACAGCAAGCGCCCCCCGCCGCCGCCCGUGCCCACCACAGAGCUCACGGCCCUGCGUCCCCUGCCCCCCCUGCUGCAGCUCUCAGCCGCGGCGCCGCCACCGCUGCCCCUGCUGCCACCCCAGUACCGUCCCCACCCCUUCCUCAACAGCGUCUACAUCGGCCCCGCGGGGACGUUCAGCCUCUUCCCCAGCAGCCGCCUCAAGCGCCGACCCUGCACCCACUUUGACCAGGACCUGGGGGACGGGCAGCCGCACAAGGUGGCCCGGAGGGUCUUCACCAACAGCCGCGAGCGCUGGCGGCAACAGAACGUGAACGGGGCCUUCGCCGAGCUGCGCCGCCUGCUGCCCACGCACCCGCCCGACAAGAAGCUGAGUAAGAACGAGAUCCUGCGCCUGGCCAUGAAGUACAUCGACUUCCUCGUGCGCCUCCUGCGCGACCAGGCCACGGCCCCCGUCCCGGUCCCGGCCUCCGGGCCCAGCCCUGGCCCCGGCCCCGGCCCCGCAGCGCCGCCCAUCAAGCAGGAGCGGCCCCCACGGCCCAAGGCUGAGGGCCCGGCGGAGACCAGCCCGCGGUGAUGACACUGGAGGAGCCAUCGGGCCCUGAAGUGCGUGCGGUCUCAGCUGUUGUGAGCGGGGCGGAGGCCAGCGGCGGCAGAGGGCCGCCCCCGAAGGCAAACUGUUAUGGUCGGGGGGCAGCACCCCCUCCCCCCGCGCAGAUCCGUGGCUCCGGGACAUUGGAGUCGUGGGUGUGAUGAAGUGUGUUGCGUCUCAGCUGCUGUACGCGCUUUGGGGUGGCGGGGUAGCGUGGAUGAAUGCCCCCCCCACCGCCCCGCCAAGAUCUGUUGGAGGAGCCAUGGGUGUAAUGAAGUGCGUCCGGUCCCAGGUGCUGCUGGGGGAUGGUAGCCCCCGCAGUGUGCACGGAUGGAGGUGCCCCCCUCCCAGUGGAAGGGCAGAGUCCGUCCGUCCCCCACCCAAGCUUUGAGCUGGAAGAUUAACCCUCUCCGUGCUGGAGAAGAGGGCCCGCCCCCCGCACUGAGUGGGAGGGACUAUGGCGUCAGCCCCGGGGGCCCAGCGAGGUGCCCGCAAGGGCCACAGGAGGACGACAGCGACUGGGAGGUGGGGGGGCUGCAGGUCGGGAGUGAGGGGCACCGGCAGGGCUGCGUGACCCCCGCCCCCCUCCAUGCCUUGUGGGCGCCCCUUGAGUUAGGGGGUGGGAUGGGGCUGCUUAACCCCUCCGUCCCCGCGUCUCUGCAGCUGUGACGAGCUGGGGACGAAAAGAAAAACCGAGAGCGCCCAG